GGUGUUCUUGUCGCAAAAAGAGAAAAUCUUUCUAGAAACCAAAUGUCUUUAGGUUACGCAGAGAAAUUAUCCUUCAUCGAAGAUGUUGGUCAAGUUGGCAUGGCCGAAUUCUUCGACCCAUCUCAUGUUCUACAAUGCAAGAUCGAAGAACUUGCUAAGAUGAUUCAAAAGAGUAAGCAUCUAGUGGCCUUUACAGGCGCAGGCAUCUCAACUUCUUGUGGUAUACCUGAUUUCCGAGGCCCCAAAGGAAUUUGGACGUUGCAGCGUGAGGGGAAAGAUUUACCAAAAGCAUCUCUGCCAUUUCAUCGUGCAAUGCCGAGCAUGACCCAUAUGGCUUUGGUUGAAUUAGAGAGAGCUGGCAUUUUGAAAUUUGUCAUCAGUCAGAAUGUGGAUGGCUUACAUCUUCGAUCUGGAAUUCCAAGAGAGAAGCUUUCUGAGCUGCAUGGAGACUCUUUUAUGGAGAUGUGCCCAUCAUGUGGAGCAGAGUACCUGCGUGAUUUCGAGGUGGAAACUAUUGGAUUGAAAGAGACAUCAAGAAAAUGCUCUAAUGAAAAAUGUGGAGCUAAACUUAAAGAUACGGUCUUGGAUUGGGAGGAUGCUUUGCCUCCAAAAGAGAUUGAUCCUGCAGAGAAACACUGCAAAAUGGCUGAUCUUGUACUCUGUUUGGGUACUAGUUUGCAGAUAACUCCUGCUUGCAACUUGCCUCUCAAAUGUCUCAGGGGUGGGGGAAAGAUCGUGAUCGUUAAUCUUCAGAAAACCCCAAAGGACAAGAAAGCAAACGUAGUGAUUCACGGUUUUGUUGAUAAGGUGGUUGCAGGGGUCAUGGAAGCUCUCAACAUGAAGAUCCCUCCAUAUGUCAGAAUAGAUCUUUUCCAGAUAAUCCUGACUCAAUCCUUAAGCAGAGAUCAGAGGUACAUUAACUGGACAUUGCGUGUUGCGAGUGUCCAUGGAAUGACUUCUCAGUUACCGUUUGUCGAUUCAGUAGAGAUUUCUUUCUCAGAUAACCAGAAGUACAAAGAAACAGUUCUUGAUAAGCAGCCUUUUCUUGUGAAAAGGAGGACAUCACGAACCGAAACAUUUGAUAUAUUCUUGACAGUUAACUACAGUGGCGGUUGUGAUUGCCUCUCCACCAAACUUAACAUUCCCUUUGAAUUCGAGGUUUCAACAGAAGAGCAUGGAGAGAUUAUUGACAAGGAGGCUGUGCUACGAAGCCUGAGAGAAAGAGCGGUUGAAGAAUCCAGUUGUGGUCAAAGCGGUGUGGUUGAGAGAAGAGUGGUUUGUGAACCGAGAAGUGAAGCCGUUGUGUAUGCGACUGUGACCAAUCUCAGGACUUUCAUCUGUCAACAAUCUCUGUUUGCUAAUGGAGACCUCAAAUGGAAGCUGGAAGGUUCUGGAACCUCCCGUAAGCGUUCAAGAACCGGGAAGCGAAAAUCGAGGGCAUAGGAAGAAGGAACAAAGAAAGCUCUCUUCUUGUAUAUAGAGACAACCACUAGUCUAACUGAGAAAUGGGGAAUAUGGAAGUUACCCUCGGUUUGAGGGCCGAGUGAAUUUUGUGUUUUUUUUACCACACUCGGUUCUUUUUUAACCAAAGAUAACCAAUAUCUUAGGGAGAAUAUUGGUCCGGUUUGGUUCAGUAUCGGUUAAACUUUGGUAGUAGCUAAUGUAACUUUAACCUGUUCGGUUUGCAUUCGAUUGAUCGGAUGUUUAAUAUUAUAUAA